ACCUGCUCCAUGUAUGAACCUGGAAGGCCAUUGCUGCCAUGGCAUUUGGGACACUUGAGGAAGAAACAGAAACCUUAUUUCUUCCUGUUCAAGCGAUUCUUCUGCCUCAGCCUCCCGAGUAGCUGGGAUUACAGGCAUGUGCCACCACACCUGGCCUGCCCCUUUCCAAGAGAGAUGCUCAGCAUGAUGAGAGAUCAGCCAUGGUAGGGAAUGGGUCCAAGUAAGGGUUUGCAUUGUUGCCUUUUAAGAGGCCUAGGUCCUCCAUUAACUCAGGCCAACCAUUAAGUGAUGCAGGCUGCUCUUCCUUCAUGUGAGAAAAACCUGUUUCCCUCUGGUUCUUCCUGGCUUUGCACCUGGUGGCUAUUAUGAAGCAGUACUGCAGUAUGUCUUGGACCUGGAAAGUUGGACAUGUGUGCGGCUCAACAGUUUUCUGGGAAGAGUUCAGUGACCUUUUGGUGGCCACCCUCUGCUCUCACCUAUGAGUUCUUGCAGGUGGCGACUUUACCUGCAAGGUCACUUACAUAGCCCCACUCAGCUGCUUUGGAAAGCAUGAUGGAGCAGUAGUCCUCAAUGUGUGUGUGAGUGAAGAGGACCUUGUGGUAGCAGGGACCAUGCUUCAUUUGUGGCUGUGUCCCCAUCCGAGGGCCUGGUAUGCAGUAAGAUCAAUACAUACUUGUGGAAUGCAUGACUCUGCUGGCUGCCUGUGUCUGCCUGGUGGGAGAGCUGUGGACCUAGAGAUCCACAUGAGGCCAGACUACUGUGGUGCUGCCUACCUGCCAGGCUGGCUCCACCCUGCUGUGACCUCUCCACCUUCCCCACCCCUACUUGACCUUACUCCCUUGAGGUCCUAAAGGUAUGAUUCAGACCUUUCCGCCCUUUCUGGAACUUUGACUUUUUGGAGACAGGGCGGUUCUGCAGGGGGCAGUCUAGCCCCUAGCUCUCUUCUGGGCAGCCCAAUCAGCUCUGGAUUGCCCAAGCUGCCCUGAAAAACCAGCUGAAAGAGCCGGAGGCUGUUUCCCUGUGGUUGGGAGUUCCUGCAUUCUCUGCUGUAAAUCCCAGCCUGCCCUUGGGGCUGCCCACGCCCCCUUCAGAUCCUUUGCUCCGGAGAGAGACCUGUCCGAGCAGAGGCCUGGACUACAUCUCCCGGCGUGCCUGGCAGUGUGGUGUCCUCUGUGCGCCAUCUGUGCUCGUUGCAGGCGACGAUGCAGAGGGUUGUAAGUGUGGUGGCCCAUCUGGGCUUUCGCUUGCAGGCAUUGCCCCCGGCCUUGUGUCGUCCACUCAGUUGCGCACAGACCAAGAUAUUUGGUAGUGACCGAGUGAAGCUGAUGGAGAGUCUAGUGGUUGGAGACAUUGCAGAGCUAAGACCAAACCAGGGGACAUUGUCGCUGUUUACCAACGAGGCUGGAGGCAUCUUAGAUGACUUGAUUGUAACCAAUACUUCUGAGGGGCACCUGUAUGUGGUGUCCAACGCUGGCUGCUGGGAGAAAGAUUUGGCCCUCAUGCAGGACAAGGUCAGGGAGCUUCAGAACCAGGGCAGAGAUGUGGGCCUGGAGGUGUUGGAUAAUGCCCUGCUAGCUCUGCAAGGUCCCACUGCAGCCCAAGUACUACAGGCCAGCGUGGCAGAUGACCUGAAGAAACUGCCCUUCAUGACUAGUGCUGUGAUGGAGGUGUUUGGUGUGUCUGGCUGCCGCGUGACCCGCUGUGGCUACACAGGAGAAGACGGUGUGGAGAUCUCGGUGCCGGCAGCGGAGGCAGUUCACCUGGCAACAGCUCUUCUGAAAAACCCAGAGGUGAAGCUGGCAGGGCUGGCAGCCAGGGAUAGUCUGCGCCUGGAGGCAGGCCUCUGCCUGUACGGGAAUGACAUUGAUGAACACACUACACCUGUGGAGGGCAGCCUCAGCUGGACACUGGGGAAGCGCCGCCGAGCUGCUAUGGAUUUCCCUGGAGCCAAGGUCAUUGUUCCCCAGCUGAAGGGCAAGGUGCAGCGGAGGCGUGUGGGGUUGAUGUGUGAGGGGGCCCCGAUGCGGGCACACAGUCCCAUCCUGAACAUGGAGGGUACCAAGAUUGGUACUGUGACUAGUGGCUGCCCCUCGCCCUCUCUGAAGAAGAAUGUGGCAAUGGGUUAUGUGCCCUGCGAGUACAGUCGUCCAGGGACAAUGCUGCUGGUAGAGGUGCGGCGGAAGCAGCAGAUGGCUGUGGUCAGCAAGAUGCCCUUUGUGCCCACAAACUACUAUACCCUCAAGUGAGGAUGGCUCAGGGUGGGGCUGUCCCCUCCAGGAGUCUUGCCUUGGAGGGCAUCCUACAAGGGGUUAGUCAAUCAGCUGAGGCAGAACUCACUAGGGGUGGGCAGCUAAGGUGGAGGCUGAUUCCAAUUGUCUGGUUGAGGGGUCAUACCACCUAUUCCCCCCACCUAACUCAUGCCACUCCAGCUUCCUUCAGGACCCUGCUUCUGAGUGACGGACCAGCUCACACAAUGUCUUGAGUCCAUGAUCCCACUGACCCACUCUUGCCUGCUGGAGGGUAAUGAGAAACUUUGGUUCUGCCAUCUCUCCCACUCUGCCAGGUGCUGGCUGUGGAGCAAAGGCUCACCUUUGUGGGGAGGAUAAAACCUGCCCAACCUACCUCACAAUGGUUUUUCACAUUGCAAAGGGUAAUAACAUGGGCGGUGUGGACUUAGGCCACCCCCUCCAGUUUGCUUUCCAUAAAUGCAAAUUGUCCCUACUGCAAGUCAGGAAUGAUUGCUGACUCAUAGUAGGGCUGCUAUGCCUGUGUAUAAACUUGGGAAUGGCUGAGGGAACAGAGACUUACUCUUCCACAUUCCCAAGUUGGUCUAGUGUGCUGCCCAGUAGCAAACCAUGGCAGGCUCACCACCUAUUCUGAGCUCCAGGGCUGUUGUAGGGCAGGGUGGGCUUCCUCCCAGACUUGCCUUACCCUGGGCUGACCUUUGCCCCUGGUAUGCAUUAAUGGACUCCACUGAAUCCUGAAAAAAAAAUUAAACUUCCUUCCUACUUGCCA